UUGACAUAUAACGGGCCGGCGCAUGCGCGCACCCGCCAUGCUGUCACUCUCCCGGACUGUCCCGCGGCUCCUCGCUUCUCCUCUCCAGCAGUACCGGACCGUCAUGUCCCGUUCCCCGCCCCCUCCGGGGCUCCCGCGCACCGUGCUCGGCACUAUGGAGUUCGGGCGGCGGAUGGACGCGCAGCAGAGCGGGGACGCGGUGCGCGAGUUCCUGAGGCGCGGGCACGACGAGCUGGACACCGCUCACAUGUACGCGGACGGGGAGACCGAGAGAGUGCUGGGGGGGCUGGGCCUGAGCGCCGGAGUGAAAUUGGCUACAAAGGCGAAUCCCUGGGAGGGGAAGACGCUGGGGGCGGAGAGCGUGCGCCAGCAACUGGAGACCUCCCUCCAGAGACUGCGGACCCCCAGCGUCCACCUCUUCUACCUCCACGCCCCGGACCACCAGACCCCGGUGGAGGAGACCCUGGCGGCCUGCCAGCAGCUGUACCAGGAGGGCAAAUUCAAAGAGCUGGGCCUUUCCAAUUUCGCCUCCUGGGAGGUGAUGGAGGUGUACUGCAUUUGUAAGAAGAAUAACUGGGUGCUGCCGACCGUCUACCAGGGUAUGUACAACGCCACCACGCGCCAAAUAGAGACGGAGCUGCUCCCAUGCUUGCGCCAGCUCGGAAUCCGGUUCUACGCAUACAACCCGCUAGCAGGGGGGCUUCUGACCGGGAAGUACCAGUAUGAAGACCAGGACAAGACGCAGGAAGCGUCCAGAUUUUUCGGGAACAGCUGGGCAGAAACUUACCGGAAUAGGUAUUGGAAGAAGCAUCACUUCGAAGCCAUCGAUUUGGUUCGCCGAUCUCUGGAAGAGAUGUACAGCGCCGAUGUCAGGCCGAGUCUGACCGCAGCCGCACUACGCUGGAUGUACCACCACUCCAAGUUGCAGGGAAGUCGGGGUGACGCGGUGAUCUUGGGGAUGUCCAGCACGGAGCAGCUGUUGAAUAACUUGUCCGGAGCGGAGGGAGGCCCUCUGCUGUCCCCGGUGGUCGCUGCGUUCAACGACGCCUGGAACCUGGUCGCCCACGACUGUCCCAACUACUUCCGCUAGAAGGAAAUCGCUGACUGUCGCAGCGAUUUAUUGCCUUAAUUCCCGCCAUGCCGCUGAUUUAAAGCAGAACUCUAGACAAAAUAAUAAUACGUUUUUACCUGAUUCACACUGAAGGGGGGGGGGGGUGCCAGUGUCAUGAGAAGGUCAAAGUGUGCCCCUCCCAUGAGCUGUGCACUACUUCAGCAGCAAAGGUUGCAGGUCUUCUCUUUUUAGCACCCCCCCCCUCCCCGUGUGACUUCAAUUCUAACAGUACGAUAAAAUGAGCGGGCGCUGCAAUGCUGUUCUGCUGCUCCUAGUGCCUGAAACAUGUUAAAUAUCCGCUCUAUGCAGCUGAUUGACUGUGUAGACACGCCCCUCCAACAGCCUGAUUUCUUGUGUGCUGGGUGACUAGACAGGGCCGUCUUUAAUAAUGAUUGGACCCUGGGGGC